AUGGUGGAGGUGAGAAUACCCAGCACAAUGGUGCUAAACGACUACCAUCUGUACAACAUCGAGAUUGUCGUGAGUCCGGAGCGCCAGGUACACAAGCUGAGCAAGCGGUUCAGCGAUUUUGUCGAGUUCAAAAAAGAGUUGGAGGCUUCUUUGCACCGCACUAUACCCUACAGUUUGCCUUCCAAAUAUUCGUCCUUGUACAAAUCGAAGGAGUCCACGAUCGAGCAGCGGCGGGUUGGGCUGUGUGAGUUUCUUCAAGGGCUUUUGAACGACGAAUCUCUGCGAAAUGACACCCAUGUUCUUGAGUUUCUGUAUCUGGGGGAAAACACCUUCACUGCUAGCGAGGCGGCUGACGGAUUGCAAACCGGUUGGGCAGACGAGUCCAAGAGUAUCAAGACCUUGUUACAGACGGUGCGAUCAAAGUUGUUUGCGAGAGACACGAAUCUGGUCGAUUGUAAGCGAAUAAUGGAUACCUGUGGAGCGAAGCUGGACAAGUUGGAGAGGUUUCAGGACGAGGACGGGCUCGGAGCCGGAGAAAAAAGACGGCGUCAGAACGUGGUAGGCCAGCAGCGCAAGGAGUACGAGGAAUUGUGUGUUUUGGUGCGCAGUAUGAUCAACGCCAAUGGACUAUCGAGUCCAGCUAAGCCUGCGUUCAAAAGAAGUCUGGGCAAGGCCAAAGAGACACAGGAAACCAAGCCGUUGGAUAAUCAGCAGUUGUACCAGCACCAGCAGGUUCUGAUGACCCAGCAGGACGAAAGUCUGGACCAGCUACGGGGAAUUCUCCAGAGACAAAAACAGAUAGGACUUACUAUAAACGAGGAGCUGAGCGUGCAGAACGAGCUGCUGCGUGGUCUGGACGACCAGAUAGACAUCUCGCAGCGCAAGAUGAACUCGGCCAAGACGCGGAUCGGGAAAAUCCUCUAG